AUGAAGAUAAAUGUUUUGCACAUGUGAUGAUAGUAUAAAAUAUUUUAGGCAGGUAGUGAGGCUGAUCAUUAAGCAGGACAACAAGUGUUGUUAUUGUCUUGUUUCUCACUGCUUCUGCAACACUGUGUUGUGAAAAUACAUCAAGAUGAGUGUCAACACUAACUGGGACAUUGAAUCCUACCGUGCUCCAUAUGAGAGUGGUGAGCACUGGGCCUUGAAGCAGGAAUUUAUGGAAGCGCAUAAAUCAAGAAUACCAGAAGACCGUCUGGUGUGCUUAGCUCAAGUGUUUGUCAAUAUUGAACUGUUGGGUUGUAGGUAUCCAGACAAGACAAUGGAGCAAGUUAGUGUAUUGGCUCAAGAUGUAGGUCAAGAAUACAAGGAAAGCAAGAAGAAGAAAUUACAGCGCACGUUUGUUAAAGCAUCAGAUGCUGCUGGGGCUAGAUAUAAAGGCAAGAAAAAUAAGAAAAAGAUGAAACUUACUCACCAGGCACUUGCUGAAAAACCCAUGACAUUCAUUAAAUCAUCAUCAGCAAGUGAAGAAACUCACUAUGAAAAGCUUGAUGCUAGACCUUCUAAUGUAAGCACAAAUAAAUCUGCUUCACAGUUUCUGUAUGGUGUAAAUAAAAGACUGUCACCUGAAAGACAGUCAAUUGAAAAACAGUCUUCAGAAAGUCAGUCAACUGUAGAUAAAUACAAAAAUGCUCUUAAGCAAAACAGCAAAAAAGUUGCAAGUGCCUCCAUUUCUGAUAAUAAUGUUAUUCAGUCUGGUAGAGGCAUUGGUGUUAUGAAUGGUCGAACAGCAAGAGGAAGCAUGAACACUCACAACAAUUCAACUUCUCACCAGCAAAGCAGUGGAAUGGAUACACAAACUGUUGGCUCAUCACAACCAUUAUAUCCAACAGUAGCAAGCAUUGAGGUUAUGAAUGAUCAAGCAGCAAGUGGAAGUAUGAACACUGACAACAAUUCAGCUCCCCAUCAGCAGAGCAGUGAGACUGACACACAGACCCUUGGCCCAUCACAACAAUUAAACCCAAUGGUAACAAACAUUGAAGUUAUUAUAAAUGGUCAAACAGCAAGUGGAAGUAUGAACACUGAUAACAAUUCAGCUCUCAAUCAACAAAGGCCUGUACAGCCCAACAUACAAUUUUGUGAAAACAAUGAUCCAUUGUCAGGGUUUGUUAUUGUUCAGCGAACUUAUACCUCAUGUGACUCAGCAUUCUCUAAGCUAAAAGACUCUUCAAAAUUUUCCUGCUUGCCUGUGAAGUCCUUCUGGUCUAAUAAAACAGCUUGUACUGUGGUUGUCAAUGGAGUAAAUGUUGCCACAGCUCAAGGAGACAAUAAGAAAGCUGCCAGGGAAGCAGCUGCAGUCAAAGCUUUGGAGUUUCUUUCUCAUCGUUGUUACACACUUAAGGUUUUAAAAAUUCAUGCAUCUGAAGAAGAAGUGUCAGUAGAGUAUGCUACAAGUGGCACAACACAGGACACAGGGGUGCAGAGCCUAAAUGUCUCCUUAGAUAAACCUGUUGAUGAUAACUCAUUGGGAAGCAAACUGCUGAAGAUGAUGGGCUGGACAGGAGGAGGGCUUGGCAAAGAAGGCUCAGGAAUUACUGAGCCUAUCAGUUCUCUUGGAGCUUGUGGUCGACAAGGGCUUGGCCAUCAAAAAGAUAGCAGUGUUACACCUCAUUUUCGAAGUCGUAUGCAUGGCAUUAUACAGCACUUCAGCCAAGAAUCUAGGGUUGAAGAUCUAGCCUUCUCGCCAGGUUUUUCAAAUGAACAGCGUCAUGAAAUUCUUAAGAUUGCACACCAGCACAAGCUGAAGUGUGCCAGCUAUGGUACUAAAGAAGAUAAGUACAUAGUUGUAUCUCGCAAGCUCUCAGCAAAGCAACUCAUUAGCACACUUAUUGAGGAGGGACCUACGGAUAAAUACCAGUUAAUUCCUCCUUUAAGAGUCUGCGAAGAAAAAUCAAUUACAGUAAACUCUUGAUAAAAUGGACCUCCAUAAAAUGGAUACUGGCUAAAGCAAACAAAGAAAAUCUUGCCAGACAAUGGAUCAGCAUGUCCAUUUCGUGGAUUGUCUGAUUAAAAUAGCCAUGAAAUGACCAAAUCCUCUAUUCGCACAGCUGUCUGGUCCAGUUGUACCAUCAAUAAAGUGGACCAAGUCUACUUAAUUACAAGUUUGUCUGGUCCAGGCUUCUUCCAGGCACUGUCAAUUUUCACCAUAAGAGUGGCUGCUGGCCCAGCCUGCCUCAGUUUGUUAUUGUCUUCAUGCAUUCUCUCAUCGCCUUGUGGGAGGAAAAAGCAAUGGAGAAAAUAAAUAUUAGAGUAUAUUUAUUCACAGUUUUAUAGCAAGUUGUUUAGAAAUAGCUCAUCAGCUAUUAUAUAUGUAACACUCACUGGUAGGAGUGUGGUGGUGAAUGGUGAGGGAAUGAUGGUUGUAGUGGGUAGGUGACGGUGCUGGAUGGUGGUGGGUGAUAGUGGGUGGAUGAAACAAGCCAUGGGUGAUGGUAGAGACAAAUUUUGUGUAUCCCACUGGAAAUUAUGUUGCCAAGAGACAGAAUGACUGUUUACAAGAAGUGUUAUAUCUCCAGUUUAUUAACAUAAUUACAAUUUUCAUGUGUAUUAGUGUUUUUGAUAUUAUAGUCUAGGCUGAUGACAGUUUUAAUUAUUGUCCUGCAGUCAGAUGUCUAUAACAAUAAUUCAUUGCUGCACAAUACAUGAAAUUUGGAAGUGUAACUCACCCUCUGGGAAAUUCCUUUCCCUUAAAACAUCUCUGUAUAUGCAGAGAUUUAAUCUAGAAUAACCCAAUAAUAACAAUAGUAAUAAU